GAAGAGAAGAGAUCUGCAGAAAAUGCCCAGCAGGCUGUGGGCUGCGUAUUGCUAAGUGUCAGGCGUGAGUGGAACUCUGCUGAUGGGAGAACGGUGUCUCCACGGAGCCAGAGUCACACCCAAGUGGGCACAUGGCAACCCAAAAGCUACAGGACGGGAAUCAGCUGAGUAACCCAGCGGCUUUGUCUUGGAGACUCCUGUGCCCAAAGGCAAAUGUCCACCCCUUCCAUCAACGGGAGAGAAGGGGAGGCGAGCUCCCUCUGCCCAGCAAUGAGCUGUCUUUGCACAAGGUGCAGCUCACAGCGCUAGUCCACCAGCCGGUGCCCCAGGGCGCGGCCGCCAUGUCUCCUGUGCUGAUGCUGCUAGGUGGCUUCCUGCUGGCCAGCCCGGUGCGGGCAAGCGACGGCUCGGCCCCCACUACCAUCACAUGCCUUACAAGGGGAGUUGAUCUCAGAAAGGAGAGAGCAGAUGUCCUCUGUCCAGCAGACUGCCCACUAUGGCAGUUCUAUGUCUUUGGGAAUGUAGUUUAUGCCUCCCUUUCCAGCAUCUGUGGAGCUGCCAUUCACAGAGGUGUGAUCACCAAUGCGGGAGGAAUUGUAAGGGUACAGACCCUGCCAGGACAAGAGAACUACUCUGCCAUAUAUGCCAAUGGGAUCCAGUCUCAGGUGCUCACUACAUGGGCUUCAUCUUUCUCAGUGGCUGGGACCAAGAGUGGAGCACUUGAAGCAGCUGGACGACCACUAUCAACAGCACAUCCCUCUAGAGAUAAACGACUUAAGAAACUUCUUGAGAAAAAAGUUGGGAACAAAGACUGUAAAGCAGAUAUUGCUUUUCUGAUUGAUGGAAGCUACAAUAUUGGGCAGCGUAGAUUUAAUUUGCAGAAGAACUUUGUUGGGAAAGUAGCUGUGAUGCUGGGAAUUGGAACUGAAGGACCACAUGUGGGAGUUGUGCAAGCCAGUGAGCAUCCAAAAACUGAAUUUUAUCUGAAAAACUUUACUGCGGCAAAAGAUGUUUUGUUUGCCAUAAAGGAAAUUGGCUUCAGAGGAGGCAACUCCAAUACGGGAAAAGCCUUGAAACACACAGCUCAGAGAUUCUUCUCUCUGGAAAAUGGAGUACGCAGAGGGAUUCCUAAGAUCGUCGUAGUUUUCAUAGAUGGCUGGCCCUCAGAUGAUAUAGAAGAAGCUGGAAUAGUGGCCAGAGAAUUUGGCAUUAAUGUAUUCAUUGUGUCUGUAGCAAGACCCACAACUGAGGAACAGGGAAUGGUUCAAGAUGUUGGUUUUGUUGACAAGGCUGUCUGUCGAAAUAAUGGCUUCUUCUCUUACCAUAUACCCACCUGGUUUGGUACUACCAAAUAUGUAAAACCUCUUGUCCAAAAAUUGUGUUCUCAUGAGCAGAUGCUGUGUAGCAAAACUUGCUACAACUCUGUCAAUAUAGCUUUUCUGAUAGAUGGCUCUAGCAGUGUUGGAGACAGCAACUUCCGCCUCAUGCUUGAAUUCAUCAGUAAUGUUGCCAAAGCCUUUGAGAUCUCCGAUAUUGGUUCCAAAAUUGCAGCUGUGCAGUUCACCUAUGAUCAGCGCAUGGAGUUCAGCCUCACUGAUUAUGCCACAAAGGAGAAGGUUCUCUCUGCUGUGCGAGGCAUUCGUUACAUGAGUGGUGGUACCGCUACUGGUGAUGCCAUUUCUUUCACAACCAGAAACGUGUUUGGACCUGUGAAAGAUGGACCCAACAAAAAUUUCCUUGUUCUUUUGACUGAUGGUCAGUCGUAUGACGACAUCAGAGGUCCUGCUGCAGCGGCACACAAAGCAGGUAUUACAGUCUUCUCUAUUGGUAUUGCUUGGGCACCAUUGGAUGAUCUGAAAGACAUGGCCUCUGAACCAAGAGAGUCUCACAAUUUCUUCACAAGAGAGUUCACAGGAUUGGAACAGAUUGUUCCUGAUGUUAUUAGAGGCAUUUGUAGAGAUUUCUUGAACUCUCAACAGUAAAGGAAAGGCUGUUGGUCACUUUGUUGAAAGUGAAUCAAAAAAGCUGGGAAGGUCUUUCUACAGUGCAAAUAUCCCAUUCUUUCAAUACACAGUCAAAGUCUUGGGAUAAGAUACAAAGAAUCACACUCUGCUUUCUAAACUCAAAUAAAAGCUUCCAGUGACAUCAUUUCAAGUUUUGCUUGAUUAGGGACUGCAGAAUUUUGCCAAAAGCAAUUUUAAAUGUAUAUUAA